ACUCUCUUCUUCCACCACCACCUCAACUUAUCAAUAUGGUCAAGGCUGUUGUUCUCGGUGCUGCAGGUGGUAUUGGCCAACCGCUUUCGCUCCUUUUGAAGGUCAACCCUCUCAUUACGAGCCUCGGUCUCUUCGAUAUCGUCAACACUCCUGGUGUCGCCGCUGACCUGUCCCACAUCGAUACCCCUGCCGUCGUGGUAGGCAAGCUCCCUGCCAACGAGGGCCUCAAGGAAAUUUUGACCGGCGCCGAAAUCGUCGUCAUCCCGGCCGGUGUUCCUCGUAAGCCUGGAGUGAGUAUGACCAGAGAUGACCUUUUCAAGAUCAACGGAGGAAUCAUCUUCGACCUGGCUACCGCCAUCGCGACUACCGCCCCCAAGGCCUUUGUUCUGGUCAUCUCAAACCCGGUCAACUCGACCGUUCCUAUCGUCGCCGAGGUGUUCAAGAAGCAUGGCGUCUUUGACCCCAAGCGAAUCUUCGGUGUUACCACCCUCGAUGUCGUUCGUGCUUCGACCUUCGUUGCGGAGAUCAUCGGAAACCCCUCUUCUGCUCCGGAUGUUGUGGUCCCCGUCGUUGGAGGACACAGCGGUGUCACGAUUGUCCCCCUUCUCUCUCAAUCUUCGCACCCUCUCCCGACUAGCUUGGCUCAAGAUGCUUACGAAGCUCUUGUGAAGCGUAUCCAAUUCGGUGGUGACGAGGUCGUCAAGGCCAAGGACGGAGCCGGAUCUGCGACUCUCUCGAUGGCUUACGCUGGUGCUGAAUUCGCCAGCAAGGUCAUCCGUGCUGUCAAGGGUGAGAAGGGUAUUGUCGUGCCCACCUUUGUGUCCCUCUCUGCGGACCCUGCUGGUGCCAAGACCUUGACGGGCGAGCUUGGCAAGGAGCUCGAGUUCUUCUCUUCGAACGUCGAACUUGGACCCGAGGGUGUUUCCAAGAUUAUUCCGCUGGGCAAGAUCACCGAUGCGGAAGUGAAGCUAGUCACUGCUGCCAUCCCUGAGCUCCAGACCAACAUCACGACUGGUGUCGAGUUCGUCGCGACCAAGUUCCCCAAAUUGUAAGUGCUAGAUAAGGAACAAUUUACAAGUGUUGUACCAGUAGAUUAUUUGGACGUGGUUUACUCCCGCUUUGAAGAGUUGAAAGAUGCGAGCGACGCUUGGCUGCCCAAGGUU